AUGAUGGAUCAUGGAAAGAUUCGUCUGAUGAGUAGUUGCAUCUUGGGUGCGUUUUCCCAUGUCGAUGAGGAAGAUGAGGACUUAGAUGAUUUUUGGGAGUUUGAAAAACCUGAAAAUAACUAUGGUUUCCCGGAUUUAUCAUUUUUAGAUCAUUAUAGUCGCAAAGAAAAACUCAAAUUCGUCGAUGAGCUAUCAAAGAGAUUUCAAAGACAAACAGAAAAGCAGUUGGUAGAUCUAGUUGGGGCAUAUUUCAAAACGAAACCAACUAAAAAUGUUGGAGAUAUCCAUCGACAGAUUGAGAUCUACUCCAAGCAACAACCGGAAAAAUUCAAACACCGUGUAUUUGGUGAGUUUCUGAAGAGCCAACUCAAUGAUCUUUUCAUUCAAUAUGAUUCACGAGAGUUCAAUGAAAGUUUCGAAAUCAAGAACAACGAUCUCUACGGACAAUUCAUAAGUUUCAAGUACUCGGCCAUCUGUUUUAAAAAGUUCAAACUGUUAAAGUACACCACCAAAGAUCUUUGGAAUAACUCUAAAUCCAAGACGUCUAAUGCACUUUUCCGAGAAUUGAAUUUAUUGGAAGGUUACGCUUGCCGGUAUAAGAUCGAUGGCGGCAUUGGCGAUAUGGAUUUUGACAGCCAGUACGCCGAGGCACUUCAGUUGGAAGUGCGAGAAUUAGCAGACCUUCUUGAUAUCAUCCAUAAAAUCGCCGACGAGUUGAAUUACUCGAUUUGUGACGAUGCCUAUCUCCGAAGCAAAGAUAAUGUUAAUGGAAUAGUGUUACCUAAACGAGAAUGGGCAGAAACCCCGUUCUUUGUACGUGAUAGAGUAGUGGCAAUCGUGAAACGAUGUUUAUGGACCGCUUUCGGGUUCAGCUCCAAAGUAGUCGAGGCAUUAGUCAACAAGACUUUGGUAUUAUCCCACCACUACGGAUCAAAGAUGUCGCGUAAACAUCAUUACCGUAGGAAAAUUAUUACCCCUAGCAAAGAACAAACCUCGUCAACGGUUCUUAAACAACGUCGCUACCGCCGUCAAGAUACAAAAUGUUAUUUGAAAUCAGCAAUCUAUAAAAACUAUAAAAAUAACAAGAAUGAUAGUUAUGCAAAUAAAUUGAAAAAUGUGGAUACUAUUAUGACCAAUCUUGGAAAGUGA